AUGGAUGAAAGAAAUAAUAAUGAAAAGGAUAUCCAUAGUGCUUUUGAGAGUGUAGAGACUGGAGUCAGUGAGCAGAAAAGCAGUUCAGGGCAUGAGAGUGUGGGAAAUGGAGACAGUGAAGAGAAGUGCAGUUCAGGACACGAGGAACGACAAAUGACAAGAUCUCCGGAUUUAUUCACAGAAGAGUCAUUACCAGAGUCUUCAGAGACAAAUGUGUCUCCCCUCCAUCAAGUGUCAGAUCUCCUCCUAAAUGAGCCACAGAAUUUAACUGAGGAAGCCACAAAAAACUAUCGCACAAAAGUCCUACAGAGAUUGCAGGAAUUAUGUGAAAAUCAGCAAGACAUCCUCUCCUUGCAACGCAGUAUACUGGCUGCUGUGGCUGUGCCAGGUGGCGAAGCAGAGGAGGAAAUCCUUGCUGGGCCAUGUCAAAAUGUUGAGGCUUUUAAAGAGUUGGACAUUGCAUUGAACAACAAGGAGAAAAGGACAAAGAUGAUGAACUACCUUCGCUCCCUUGGGGGUGCAAAUCCAGGGGCAGCAUACGCAAAAUGUUGCGUAAGGUGCAUCGAAAGAAGUGCUGAGUGCCUACAGCCUGAAGGGGAGGAAGAACAAACUUGCCUUCCAAGGCCUCAACAUUUGCUCUAG